AUGGGGCGGCCCCCGAGUGGCGAACUGCCCUCUCUGAAGCUUGGCUCCUACCGAUUUCCCUUAAGGAGAGCAGACCUGUCGCUGGCAGUGUGUCCUGCCGCGAGCGGGUGCUCCGAUAGCCAGCUGCUGCCUGGGAAUAAUUUCACGAAUGAAUGCAACAUACCUGGAAACUUCAUGUGCAGCAAUGGGCGCUGUAUCCCAGGGGCCUGGCAGUGUGAUGGGCUGCCAGAUUGCUUUGAUGACAGCGAUGAGAAGGAAUGCCCGAAAGUCAAGUCCAAGUGUGGUGCCACCUUCUUCCCCUGUGCCAGUGGAAUCCACUGCAUCAUUGGCCGCUUCAGGUGCAACGGCUUCGAGGACUGUCCUGAUGGGAGCGAUGAGGAAAAUUGCACAGCCAAUCCUUUGCUUUGCUCUACUGCCCGAUUCCACUGUAAAAAUGGUCUUUGCAUUGAUAAAAGCUUCGUGUGUGACAGUCAAAAUAACUGUCAAGACAACAGUGAUGAAGAAAGCUGUGAAAGUCCUCAAGAGGCAGGCAGCGGCCAAGAUUACGUGACCUCAGAAAAUCAGCUGCUCUACUACCCCAGUAUUACCUAUGCUAUCAUUGGUAGCUCUGUCAUUUUUGUACUCGUGGUGGCCUUUCUUGCCUUAGUCCUGCAUCACCAACGAAAACGCAACAAUCUCAUGACCCUGCCAGUGCAUCGCCUGCAGCACCCUGUGCUGCUGUCCCGGCUGGUGGUCCUUGAUCACCCACACCACUGCAGUGUCACCUACAACGUCAACAAUGGGAUCCAGUACAUGUCCAACCAGACCUACCACAGGCCAGUGGAUCUGGACUCACCUCCAUCCUAUUCAGAGGCUGUGCUGGACCAAAGACCACCUUGGUUUGACCUUCCUCCACCCCCUUAUUGUUCUGAAUCUGAAUCCCCUAAUCAGCCAGAUCUCCCUCCUUACCGGUCUCGGACAGGAAGCUUGGUGAGCGCAGACACCCCCACGGCUGGAAGCCCGCUGGGCACAGACAGCGGCUCGACAAGAGAUGUCCAUGAGAGCAUGGAUGGCCAUAGAACCCUUCUUGAGAGGACAGCAGAUCCAAGCAAUUCUCUGGUCAACCAUGUUGAUGAAAGAGAAGUGUAACUGCUUCAGUGUUUGGGACGGACAGGAAGAGAUUCACUUUUUCUACUCUGUAUGGUUUGAUUUGCUGUUGCUAAAAGGUUCAGGCAGACGUGUGCCUGAAUAAUGACUUGAUUUUUAUCCAUGUUAAUUUUUGAAUUCAGCAUUUUGUGCUCAUCAAAGACAGAGCUGUGAGAGCUGAACGUAGAGUUGCAUCGGUUCUCCACAAUAUUCCUGCAAGCAGGUUCUAAUUCAGACUAGCAAGAUAAACAGUGCUAUGCCGAAGAACUGAUGCACCGUAUUUCUUGGAAUAUAUACUGUAUAUGAAUGUAGAUAUGUGCAUGUGUAAUAUAUAUGAAUGUUGCACACAAAAGCUAUGCCAGAGCUCUUGUUUCUAGACUGCUUCCUGUCCUAUGUGAGCUGUUUCUUCCAGCUGCCUAGUGCCAGCUGGUGGUCAUUGAAACAUGAGAGAGGCAGUCCUUCAGGAGGAAUGAAACCCAGUGUUAAGCCCACUGGAUGCACUCAAAUUGCAGAAGAUGGUGUAGAUGGCCCUUCUCUUCCUUGCCGAGAACUUUCUCCUUGUGAAUGUAAUUUUCGCUUUUAGCUUGUGAUGAUGCAACAAAUCUCUAACUGAACAAACAAGUGUUUUUUAUUUUUAUUCCCCUGCUCCAGUGCUAGUACUGAGGCCAAAUUUGCAUAGAUUUUCUCGGGAAAACCACAGAGGUUGGCUCAUCUGUCAAACUUCAGUCUCACCAGGGAGGCAGUGAAUCUCAACAAACCAGUGCAAGACUUCAAACAUGGCAAAACAACGUCACUCUAUAUGUUUCUUCUUAAAAAUAAAAAAUAACAAGCAAACGAGACCAAAACUUUUCCAGCUAAAUCUUGAACACCAAAACCAGCCUGAAUUGAACACCCAUCAUGGAAAAUUUCUGUGUGAAUGACUAGCUUGUUAAUUUCUGAAACAACCAAAAGCAGGUGAAAGGUUUAGGGCUUGUAAGCAUAUGCACAUGCGUAGAUACACGUUUGGUACUUUAUGUAUGUAUAUAAAUAGUGUACUGCGUAGGUUUAGCUCUGUUUGUACCUGUAGAACUCCAAAGUCUCGACGUUUUUCUUUUGACAUUCUCAUUGUUUCUUCUUUGUUUGCCAUUAUUCAUUUUCAUUUGGUUCAAAUUCUGGUUUCUUCAGGUAAACAAUUAUUUUUAUCUAUUUUGAGUUUUUCUCUCUUAACUCUUAGAAUGUUCUCCCAUGAAAUACGCUUCAGUGCACAGCGUUGAAUCACCCACAAGAAAGCAACUCAAAGGUAAAGGUAUUCAGGGUGGAAAGAGGGAAGGUAAACUGUGAAUUUUAAUGCCGCUGCAGUGCUGUGCUUGUGCUUAAUAUACAGAAGAGAAUGCAGCGUCUUUUCUCUUGUCUGGAGGGAAAUUGGCCUUGAAGAAUUUUUUCUAUUUGUCUGUUAGAGACAUUUCCCACUCCUCCUCUUCCAUACGAAGAACAUUGUCAGUAAACAGGCUUUGCUGUUUAAUGGAAAGGAGGAAAACUACUGUUCGCCCAAACCCCCUGCUUUGUUUCCUCCCUGUUUAAGGUAACAUCUUUCCCCCAAAGGUUAGAUGCUCAGGACUCAAGAAUUCUUGAGUGUGGGUGUAGGUAGUGGAGUGAUUGAAGUUCAGACUCAGUUCCAACACAUAAAACUGAAUCGGUUUUGUGUUUGUUUUUGUUUGUUCAUUUGUUUGUUUUAUUUCCAUGUCUGGAGUCAGCUGACAUGGUAUGUGGGAGGCGGGCACCAGAUGGAUUUACAAGCAGAGGUCCUUCCAGGGCUGAGGUGACACAGUGGGGACACUGUGAAACUGUAGUGCUGAUGGUCUUGGCUUUGUUUGGAAAUAAAUUAACAGCAGCCUUUCCUUAUGGGCUUAGGCAGCCUAUCCUGAA